AUGGUUUCCAAACGUAAGCGGCCUAACAUGGCGCUCAUGCAAGACGAUAUAAACACCGGGGAGCAAGCAACACCGGACACCCCUUCUUUUGCGCCGCGCCGGUCUGGGAGGAAGCUGCAGCACACAGGCUAUGGACUUUGUCCUGAUGCCAACGCGGCGGGCAUGGAGAAAUCAUCGUCCGAAGGCGUCCGCUCCAAAGUUAAGCAGCAGAAGAGCAAUGGCCGGAAGGGUGUCGAUGUUGCCUUGGAUGGCCUCAAAGAAAUGGAGGACAGCUUGAAGGACGCUGUCAAACGACAGAAGCUGGCCGUCAAGUCGAGCUCGGUCAUUAGCAGUCACGACUCGACUGCAGAAGAUGCAAUAUUCAUGCCUCGACCCUUGAAACCUUCCCCGGAUGUCAUAGGGGCCGGCCGGGGAAAGAAGAAGACGGCAAGCGGUAAUGUGGAUCCCAGCACACAAGGCAAGAGCCCAAAUGGCAAGCCAGACGAGCUGGUGCAUGAUCGGGACGGCCCAGCCGCUGACGAAACCGGACCUGUGGAUGUCGCUACUUUUAAGCAGGAAGGCGCGAGACAGCCGCCGGUGAAUAGUGACUAUCUACCAUUGCCGUGGAAGGGCAGAUUAGGAUAUGCAUGCCUCAAUACGUAUCUCCGCCUCUCAAAUCCUCCAGUGUUUAGUUCUCGAACCUGUAGGAUAUCCUCUAUCCUAGAGCAUCGUCAUCCUCUUCAAGAUCCUGCGCAGCCGGAACAUGCAACCAAGAACCGCCCAGACAAGUCCAAGCCGGCGGACGCAGCAAGGGGUCAGAAGUACGUUGAAGCGUUGGGAUUGGCCAAUGCGCGAGAUAUUGUGAAGAUGAUUCGAUGGAACGACAAGUAUGGCAUCAAGUUCAUGCGCCUAAGUUCAGAAAUGUUUCCAUUCGCCAGCCACGAAGACUACGGCUACAAGUUGGCCCCGUUCGCCUCAGCGGUGUUGGCUGAAGCAGGCAAGGGGGCAGGUGAACUGGGGCAUCGACUGACCACACAUCCUGGUCAAUUCACUCAACUUGGAUCACCACGCCCGGAAGUUGUCAGAAAUGCUAUUCGCGAUCUUGAGUAUCACAAUGAACUCCUGUCGCUUCUACGUCUCCCUGAGCAACAAAAUAAGGAUGCCGUCAUGGUUUUGCAUAUGGGUGGCACCUUCGGUGACAAGGCUGCAACACUCAAAAGAUUUCGAGAAAACUACGCCAAACUCUCCCAAGGCAUCAAGGCGAGGCUGGUUCUUGAAAAUGAUGAUGUGUCCUGGACGGUGCACGACUUACUCCCCAUUUGCGAGGAGUUGAACAUUCCUAUGGUAUUGGACUUUCAUCAUCACAACAUCCUCUUUGAUCCAGAUAAAGUGCGAGAAGGGACCAAAGAUAUCAUGGAGCUGUUCCCUCGGAUCAAGGCCACUUGGGAUAGGAAGGGAAUUACACAGAAGAUGCACUACAGCGAGCCAUGCGCUGAAGCGGUGACUGGACGGCAACGACGGAAGCAUAGCGCGAGAGUCAUGACACUGCCUCCUUGUGCUAAUGAUAUGGAUCUUAUGAUCGAGGCAAAGGACAAAGAACAAGCUGUGUUUAAUCUGAUGCGAAACUAUCGACUACCUGGCUGGGACAAAUGUAACGACAUCGUGCCUUAUGAGAGGGACGAUGAAAACCGCCCUGCGCCGAAAACUCCGAAAAAGAAGAAACUGAAGAGUAAAAAGGCGGGCGACGACAAUGACGUGGACGAAGACACUAUCAUGGAGGAGCCCAUGACUCACCAGGAUGUUCCGUCUGAGGAAGUCGGCAUGGGCGGUCCAAACAGACGCGUGUUCUGGCCUGUUGGCAUGGAGGAGUGGCUACGGCCUAAGAAGCGUGAAGUGAAGAAGGUAGAGGUUGAGGAUAUUAAGACUUAG